AACUCAGCUGUUCUUAUGAGUCGCCAAACUUUCUGAUAAACAGCUGCCGCGCGUUUAUCAACACUGUCUAGCGACGCGCCCGAGUGCGGUUAGUUCGUUAGUAAUGUUUGCAGAUUCGUCGGUGGAAGACGUUUUGGGGCUGCUGCAAGUGCGCGCGAUGUGAAUCGUUUGCGGGCCAAGUGAAGAUUGUUUUGCGUUGCUUUCUCAUAUACUUUUGUAGCAAGAAAAACGCGCUGCUCAUCCCAGUGGGUUUCAUUUGCAACAAUGAUCAUCCCAGUGCUUUUAACGUACCUAUCGACCGUGGACGGGUUUAAUUUAUCGCCCGUCGCCAAUUACGUCUUCACUCAGCCAGCUCUAAAAACGUUCAUACGCCCGACACGCAGCUCGUACUUUGGAUUCUCCGUCAACCUGAGAACUAGCGGCGUAUUAGUCGGUGCACCGCAAGCACAAUCGGAUCUGGAGUAUCAGCGCAACAUCAACGAAACUGGUGCCAUUUACAAGUGUAGCUUUGAAAAGCCCACCGAAUGUGUACCUUACCGUCUCGAUCGGCAGGGCAACACAAACUACGAGGACUACUACACCAACCAUCCCGAGAUACGGUCGGAGCUGAAGGAGCACCAAAUGCUCGGCGCAACGGUGGAUGGGCUCGGGUCCGAUGGUGCGUGGUUCGUCGCCUGUGCACCACAGCUGAAGGGCAACACCGAAAUAGCGUACCUGCUGCAUGGAGUGUGCUACCUAACGGAAGGCGUUGAAGCGACCGAAGAGCCGAACAAUCUGUUCAAAAUUAAACCGCUGCGUGGGAAAGCUCAACAGAGAAGGUACGGAAAGAGCUACAACUACAUGUACGGUGAGCAAGGGUUCAGCCUGCACGUGACGGACGACGGCGAUGAGGUGCUUAUAGGUGCGCCGGGAGUGAUGGAUUGGCGCGGAACGGUUCUGCGCUACCACCAGCGGGCGGCAGCCAUUCCCGGCAACGAUCCUGCCAGCAGAAGCAAUGUGCACCAGGAAUAUAACCGUAGGCGCCGCUUGACCCAUGAAUGCGUUGUUCCGAACCCGAUCCACACCAACGUACCGGUCAACUCGUACUUCGGUUAUGCGGUCAGUUCGGGUCGGUUCCUUGGCAACCACAAGGUGCUGUACGUGGCCAGUGCACCGCAGGCAAGGAGUCAGCACGGUGAGGUGAUCAUUUUCGACUAUGCCGACAAUCGCACCGUAUGGGAGACGGUGAUCGUACGCUAUCGGACGUUCGUGGGGCAACAGUUCGGCGAGUACUUUGGGUAUGCGCUGCUGACGGAGGAUUUUAAUAGCGACGGGCUGCCGGAUCUUGCCAUCGGUGCGCCCAUGCACAGCCGGGCACGGGAGCAUGAUAAUGGGGUGGUGUACGUGUUUCUGAACGCUGGUGAGCUGAACUUUGAGCUGCAGAGUAAGCUGGCCAGCUCGUACGAGCUGGGCGGAAGGUUCGGCACGAGUCUGGGGAAGAUUGGUGAUCUCAACCGAGAUGGAUAUGGAGACAUUGCGAUCGGUGCACCGUUCGAAGAAGCUGGAGCCGUGUACAUAUUUCUCGGUUCAGCCAAUGGAGUGCCGAGCCGUCCCAGUCAACGGUUGGUGCCAUCGGCUGCCCAUCUACGAACGCCUUCCCGCCAUCCGUACAUGUUCGGGCACGCCCUCACCCGGGGGAUCGAUAUCGAUGGCAACGGUUACACCGACCUUGCCGUUGGAGCACCGAACGGGGAAGCGGUGUACGUGUUCCGCUCGUACCCGAUCGUUCGCAUUGAGGCGAGAAUUAACUCCACCAAGCGAGAGCUGCCCGAGGAGGGUGGCGUCUUCGAAAUAGCCGUCUGCUGGUCCACCGAAUAUCCGGCCGGUGUAGCGUUUCCCGUUGCGCUGCAGUACACGCUGGACGUGGACGGCCAGAUGGGCCGUGCAUCGGUCGGUAAUCGAAGUUCGCCUGAAGCCCCGCACGAAAGUGUAACAGUCUCCGGCGAUCCACUCUGCCGGCAGUACAGCAUCACGGUGAACGCUUCACCAACCACACUCUACAAACCGAUCGCCAUUGAGGUGGAGUUUGGGAUGGCGGCUACGGCAACGCCACCGAAAGGGGGACCAUUUUGCGAUCGCUGUGCGAUACUAGAUCCGGAUGUUUCGAGCCACGUCCAGGAACGUAUUCCCUUUAAAACGGGCUGCAGAAAGGAGGUGUGUGAAACGGAUCUGAAAAUCACAAACAUCCGAUGGGUGGACAUCGUACCGCCGUUUGUGGUUGGGAGCGCGAAAAAAGUGACCCUCGAGGUGGAGAUUGAAAAUGCCGGUGAGAAUGCGUACCUUCCGCAGCUGAACGUAAGUGUGCCUUCCUUUCUUCGGUCGGUGCAUCCACCCCCGUCUGAAUGUGCCCAAUCAGGGGCUGUGCGGGGUGAGAUAAGCAUUUUGUGUGGAUUAAAUAAUGGUUUACCGUUGAAAGCCUUCACGCGGAUGAAGCACUCCCUAACGCUUGACGUGACGCAAGUGCAGCCAGGCACUGCGUUUCUUGAGCUACGUCUGAAGGUUUUAACCACCAGCAAGGAACAGUGGCCUCGUGAUAAUGAAGUUGAGGAGCGGCUACUGUUGCGAGAAUUUAGCCACAUUGAUAUCGUAAGCAAAACAACUCCCCGUGAAGCGAACUUUGAAACGCUGACGGGCUUCCUGAACGUGUCCCAGCUGGUGAAGCUCCACAACAACGGGCCAAGCACGCUAAGCGGUGCCCUAUUUCUUGCCGACAUCCCGCUCAGCUACACGCCGACCCACCUGGGUGGCCACAAAAGCUGCCCAGUGGUACGGCUCGAGGACAUUACCGUGCGAAGCAGCUACAACGAGACACCGCUCGAGGUGGACUGGAUACAGGCGGCCGGUGGGAAAGGGUUGCUAAAACAAACGUUUGCCUUUUACUCCAAAAAGCAACCCGAACCGUAUUAUCCAGCCCGGGAAGAAGAUGACGUUCCGAGUAACUUUGAGUUCACCGUGGUGCCGUAUAACGGACACGAACCGGAACUGCUCGACGAAAAGCACCCGUAUGCGCAUGCUUUAGUAGGGAAUGCCGACAGUGCCCGUCAGAAACGGUCCAAUCUUUGGCUGGCCCCUCCAACCCGGCCAAGCUCAGCUUCCAUUCAGCUGGACGAGCUGCCCACCCUGCGAACCGUUCACUUCAACUGUGCCCAAAACCUAUCGGACGUGGAGUGUUUGCAGCUUCAGAUAUGGUUACCACCGUUCCCGGUCGCUAACAAGCCGAUCUACGUCGAGCUUCAGUACAGGCUGAACCUAAACGCGAUUGCGGCGUGUAUGCGCGAACAGGAAGACAUCUUCGUUGUGCAGGUGCUGACGGAUUUAGUGAAACCUUUGGACGAGCGGAAGGAAACGUUCCGCAUUGCACGAAACCACCCGUACACGGUGGUGUACCGGGAUGUUAGCGUCAGCACACCGAUCUGGAUCUAUGUGACAUCAUCGUUCGGUGGGCUUUUGCUGCUGGCCGCCAUCACCUACACGAUGCAUCGGGUUGGAUUCUUUGAGCGCCACAUGCGGCAGGAGAUGGAGAAAAUGAACCGUGAGAGUGGCAUUCUAGACAGCACGACCGAUCCGGAAGAGACCGCGCAGGAGGUUUCUGAAAUGUAAAGUAAUAGUAUUUAAUAUUUUUAUUUAGUUUGGAGAUUGUUCUGCUGAUAGAUUUCGUUUCUACUUUCAUCUAUUAUAAUUUAAAAGCAGUUUUUAGAAGAGAUGUCCCUCGCUGUGAUUGAAAUGCGUUUUCUUUUAAGGAUGACACUAUAAAUAAACGUUGAAAAUGUACUCCAUUUAA